UCUAUGAGUGAAACAUGUUGCAGAUGUUUCAGAUGAGUGUCCGUCGGGCGGUGCUGAGGGGGGGCGGCCUGCUGCUCCACCAACCCCCCGCUGCGGCCUCUGUGCCGGACCCGGUGGUUCGUCGGUGUGUCAGCCGGCAGGUGAGCAGCAGAGCCGGGAGGACGGUCCGGAGCUGCACCGUUGACCCGAACCUGGAGGAGCAGUUCGUAUUCGUGGACUGUACAGAUCCAGAGGAGGACUUAGAUCAGGCUGAGAUCUCCCUCCCCUCCUCAUCCGUCUCCACUCCUCCUGCUGCUCCUCUUCAGGUUCCUCCUCAGAAACACCUGAGGUCUCUGGAGCGUCAGCUGCAGGUGUUGAGGGUCGUGUCCCAGCAGGAGGCAAAGCCCGACUCUUUGAUAGAGUUCUAUGAUGUGGAUUUCCCUUUGGACGAAAGCAUUAUUGCGGCAAAGAAGAAGAAAAAGAAGAGGGCGGGGCCGGGUGAGCACAAAGUGUUCGGGACGCCGGACAUAGACGAGCCGUUCAGUGACACGUGCUGCUCGGGUUGCGGCGCCAUCCUGCACUGCUCUGCCUCCGCCGUGCCCGGGUAUCUGCCAAGUGAGAAGUACAAGGUGCUGCAGCAGGAGCAACGUCUGGACGGGGCUACCUGUCAGCGCUGCUAUCUGCUGACUCAUCACCACAAAGCGCUGAACCUGCACCUGUCCCAUGAGCAGUACAGACAGGUGGUGCAGAGGCUCCGCCCCCUGAAAGCUCUGAUCCUGCUCAUUGUAGAUCUGAUGGACGUCCCCGACUCCAUCAUCCCCAACCUGGCCGAGCUCGUGGGGACCAACAAACACAUCGUCGUCCUCGGCAACAAGAUCGACCUGCUGCCCAGAGACUCGCCCAACUACAUGCAGCGACUCAAACGACAGCUUUCUCGCUACUGUGAGGACGCUGGCUUCGGCCGCCAGGUGACAGACGUCCACCUGAUCAGUGCUAAGACGGGAUACGGCGUGGAGGCUCUUAUCUCCAGCUUGCAGCGCUCCUGGAAGCACAAAGGGGACGUGUACCUGGUGGGCGAGGCCAAUGCUGGCAAGUCUACGCUCUUCAACACGCUGCUCGAGUCCGAUUACUGCAAGUCCAAAGCCUCAGACCUGAUCCAUAAGGCCACCAUCUCCCCAUGGCCCGGGACCACUCUGAACCUGCUGAAGUUUCCCAUCAUCAACCCGACUCCAUACAGGAUGUUCAAACGCCAGGAGCGACUUAACGAAGCGUCGCAGCAGACAGAGAGUGAUUUGACGCAGGACGAGCUGAAGAGGCUCAAACACUUCAGCCGGCAGGGCUACCUUGUGGGUCGAGUUGGCAGAACGUUCCGGUCAGACGUCGGCUCCAGACAGAACGAGAUAGAGUUUGAUCCUGACAGUUUGGCUUUGGGAGAAAACGAAGACGGAGAGACGAAGACGACGGCCUGCAGCAGGUCACCCGAUGAGUUCACCUUCAACGAGCUGAAAGACGCUCACUGGCUGUUCGACACGCCGGGGAUCAUCAAGGAGAGAGACAUCCUGUCGCUGUUGAAAGAACAGGAAGUGCUGUCAGUGGUUCCCUCUCAGGCGCUGGUUCCCAGAACGUUUGUGUUGAAGCCCGGAAUGAGUCUGUUAGUUGGAGCACUGGGUCGGAUCGACUUCUUACAGGGGGGGCGGUCCUGCUGGUUCUCAGUUAUGGUCUCUGCUCGUGUCCCGGUCCACAUCACCAGCCUGGAGAAAGUCGACCAAAUUUAUGAGAAACACGCUGGGGGAGAGCUGCUGGGGGUUCCUCUGGGAGGGUCUGAGCGAAUGAAGACGUUUCCUGCGUUGGUUCCUCAGGAGGUCAUGAUGGAGGGGCGGGGCUACCUGGAGGCGACCGCUGACAUCACACUGUCCUCUGCAGGUUGGGUAGCGGUGACUGCAGCGGAAGGUGAGCAGCUGUUGUUGAAGGUUCACGGUCCGGAGGCAGCGGGUUUCGGUGUGAGGACACCGCCGCUGCUCCCUCAUGUGAUCACUCUGAAAGGAGAACGGAUCAAAAAGUCUGCCGCCUACAAAGUCAUCAAACUGUCCGGACUGAUCGACUCGGGACUGUCGACUCGCGGAUCUCAGAUUCUGCAGGUGGAGAACAAGAAGAAGCAGAAGCAGAAGCAGCAGCAGCAGAAGAAGAAGAAGGAGUGAAGUACAGAGGGGCAGGUGGGAGGAGCUUAUUUCCAUGGUGAUGUUGGUUUGUCCGGCUGCAGAGGAAUAUCGAACAAGACGACAGCAGAGUCGACUCAGAGACAAUUAAAGGACAGUUCAGGUGUUUUUUAAACCUGGUUCAUAUUUUUAUCCUUUAAGGUCUAAAUGUCCAACAGGUUAAAAAAAAUGUCUCCAGUAGAUUUGUAGCAGUGACACAGGCUUUGAUUUCUGCAUUGAUUUCCACUAAAAGUUGUUGUUUUUGUUGGAAAGGCUCAGAUUGAUAUUCUAAGUUUCUGAACAUUACAGAAAGGAUCUCUACAAUGAAAUACUUUUUAGACCUUGAGGGGGAUGAUUUUUUUAACCAAAAGCUUUAAAUCAACAGCAGUGACAUCACUCUCUACAAAUAGAGACUACACCAGACUACAUUGAGAAAACCAGUGACUUUACCUCACAGGCCAUAGGAGAUGCUGGUUUGUUUGUGUUGUUACAUUUUGUACCCA